GAGAGGGGGGGGGGGAGAGACAGAGGAGGGGCCAAUGUGGAGCGAAGGCGGGGCGCACGGUGCUACGGCUGAGUGGAAAGAAAGUGGAAAGUGAGAAAAUACCUGAAUGGACGAUCCGGAAUAAAUCACAGCCACCUUCUCUCUCCCCUGGUGCGACUCUCCUACCCGCCGUCCUCUCCCACCCCUCUUCCUCCUCCUCUUCUCCUCCUCUCCGUGGCCUCCCUUCUCCUGCUCCCUCCUCAUCGGCCUCCAAGAUAGAUUCCCUCAGGAGUAAGGUUGACCUGCUCAAGCUGCCCCUGGCCCUCUCCACCAAGUCCAUCGCCGAGCGCAAGAGCCAGCUGGGAGGAGUCGGCGAACAGCGUGGCACGGGGGGAGGAGGAGGCAGGUCCCGCAAAGCCCGCUUACCCCCGACCCGAGACAUGGACAACGAGUCGCAGUACUCGGGCUACUCAUACAAGUCCUCCCACUCCCGAAGCUCCCGAAAGCACAGGGAUCGGAGGGAUCGUCACCGCUCGAAGAGCCGAGACAGCAGCAGUCGUGGAGACAAAUCGGUCACCAUCCAGACCCCUGGAGAGCCCCUGCUGGAUGCGGAGUCGACCCGCGGCGACGACAGGGAUGAUAACUGGGGCGAGACCACCACUGUCGUCACCGGCACCUCAGAACACAGCAUCUCUAACGAGGACCUGACCCGCGUCACCAAAGAAUUGGAGGAGUCGACUCCGCUGGAGUGCAAGCGCUUCAUUGGCCCGGCUCUGGGAGGCUGCCUGAGCUUCUUCGCCUUGGUCACACCUUUAGCCUUCCUCAUCCUCCCGCAGGUCCUGUGGCGUGACGCCCUCGAGCCCUGCGGCACGCCCUGCGAAGGCCUCUAUGUCUCUUUAGCCUUCAAGCUCCUGGUCCUCCUCAUCUCCUCCUGGGCGCUGUUCCUCCGGCCUCCUCGUGCCACUCUCCCACGCUUCUUUGUCUUCCGCUGCCUGCUGAUGGUGCUGGUGUUCCUGUUCGUGGCAUCGUACUGGUUGUUCUAUGGUGUGCGGGUGCUUGAGCCCAGGGAGAGGGACUACAGGGGCAUCGUGGAGUAUGCUGCCUCGCUGGUGGACGCCCUGCUCUUCAUACAGUACCUGGCUCUGGUGCUGCUAGAAGUCCGACACCUGCAGCCGGCCUUUUGCCUCAAGGUUGUCCGGAGCACGGACGGAGCCAGCAAGUUCUACAACGUGGGCCACCUUAGCAUCCAGCGGGCAGCUGUCUGGGUGUUGGACCGUUAUUACAGCGACUUCUCCGUCUACAACCCUGCCCUGCUCAACCUGCCCAAGUCCAUCCUGUCCAAGAAGAUGACCGGCUUCAAGGUUUACUCCCUGGAUGAAAACACCACCAACAACUCCACAGGCCAGUCCCGGGCCAUGAUAGCAGCCGCUGCCCGGAGGAGAGACAACUCCCACAAUGAGUUUUACUACGAGGAGGCCGAGAUGGACCGCAGGGUCCGCAAACGCAAGGCCAGGUUGGUCGUGGCAGUGGAAGAGGCCUUCACACAUAUCAAGCGUCUUCACGAAGAGGAGGUCGCCUCGUCCCCCAAACACCCUCGGGAAGUGAUGGAUCCUCGGGAGGCGGCUCAGGCGAUUUUCGCUCCGAUGGCUCGAGCCAUGCAGAAAUACCUGAGAACCACCCGGCAGCAGGCCUUCCACAGCAUGGAGAGCAUCCUCACACACCUGCAGUUCUGCAUCACACACAACAUGACGCCCAAGGCUUUCCUGGAGCGUUACCUCUCCCCCGGCCCCACCAUGCAGUACCAGCAGCAGAACGGCAGGGGGCGCCAGUGGACUCUAGUGAGCGAGGAGCCGGUGACCUCAGCCCUGCGUCAGGGUCUGGUCUUCUCCUUGCGACGCCUGGACUUCUCUCUUGUGGUCACAGUGACACCGCUCCCCUUCCUGCGUCUCGGGGAGGAAUUCAUCGACCCAAAGAGCCACAAGUUCGUCAUGAGGCUGCAAUCGGAGACCUCGGUGUGAAGGCACCUCCUUUUUAAAGAUUCUCCUUUUCCCAUGCUGUCCUCUCUUUGUGCUCAGUCCUGCUGGAUCACUCUUGUGGAGGCCAUGUGGAGUGCUCCUAUCUAAUCAUUUUCCCUGUCUGUGACAAAGAAACCAUUUAAAGGAGAGGAGUGUCUGAAUUCUCCUUCCUGUUUUAUGAUCAUCACAGAUGCUCUUUUAUCAAACUGUGAUCAGCUCAAUGAUUGUGCAAACCUGGAAUGAAACAGAUGCCUUUUUCUUUUUUGUGCUGUUAAGUCUUUGUCUUUACAACACAUUGUUAAAAACAAAACACUUUUUCUUUCUUAAGGGAGACUUUUUGUUGUUUCCUCCUUUUUUGCUGUAACCACUGGACUACUUUACUGUGCUGACUCAACACAUAAAGCUAAGGAGGAGGAUUACAUCACAUUUGUCACUUCCUCUUUCUUGUGUCUCAAACGGACCAAGUGGGGCUCAGCUCUGACAGCAACGCUGGUGUACCACUGCCUUUUGAUUCCCUGUCAGUGUAAUGUGUUGUUUGAGAUGGCGAGGACUGUUUUUAUAUUAAAGGGUGUAAUGUUUUUUUUCUUUUUUACUUACAGAAUGUAGCAUUAUGUGCAUUGAAUUAACAUGUGGCUUUUCUGCAGCCUGAGGGCCAAAAUGUCUUCUUUUUUUUUUAUCUGACUGUAAAGAAAAAUGGAAGUACAUUCCUAAAUUGUUGCUACUCCAGACUCUGUAUAUUCAUGAUUGUCUAAAUAUGCAGCAUUUGUUUUAUUCUACACUGGCAUUUUUACUAUUCUUUUUACCGUUUAAGCAAGAAGACUAAAGAAAGACCCCAUUUACACCUGGUAUCAACAUGCAGUCUGUGCCAGCAUAUAUUCUGAAUGAGGAUGUUAAAGCAUAAGCCUGGUGUUAUUCUGAAUUUUUGUUAUUGUCAACAAAUCCCAUAAAAAGAGUAAAAGACCAACAAUGUGUUGAUACUUUUAUGAAGUUGUAAAUCUUUGAAAACUUUCAUUAAAAAAGGGCUCAAUUAUUUUUUAUAUUCACUACUAUUACAGAAGUAAAUAUUGCAUUUACUGCACACUAAUUUAACCCACAAACUACUACACACUAGUGAGUAUUUAUGGAAACAGGAGAUGUAUGUGGGUGCAGUUCUGUUCAUAGUAACAGGAACAUGUCACCCAGCGCAACUGUGUGACUCACUGAUGUGUUCUUGCCUGUUUUACGCCAGGCUUUGGAUACACAGACAGUACUUGUUCAUCGUGUGCUUUUGAUGGGAUUUAUUGAGAACAAGAAAAAUAUAGAGUAUUGCCAGACUUAGCCUUUAAUGCAACGUGUAAAUGCAAGCAGAACACACUACAAUCAGAGCUACUGAAUCGGCAAAUACAGCGGUCGUGUGCAUUGCAUUGUAAUAAGAUGAGAGCCAGGUAUGCAUGUGAUCUGUACAGUUUCCUUCCACAUUUAAAAGAAUAAAUUACCCAACAAGUUGAAAGGUAAACUACCGCCCCCACCUCCUGCCGUAUCAAGCGGCAAAAAUCGUCAGAAGAUGACUCUCUCCGUAGAGGAAAAAUAAGUAGAGCUUGGAAAUUCUCAGCACAAGGUCCAACUAACUUGUUUCCAAAGCUUUCAACCACACCUCAGGGCCUUCUUCAGUGGAGCUGUGAUGGUUUAGUUGUUGUCGUGUGACCUAAGUAUGGAAUUUUGUGGCAGGGUUUAAGCCAUCUUUGAGUAGAGAUAGAGUAACUGUGUCUCCACCUCGUACAUUACCUUACUUAGCUCUCCUGAUAGCAUUUAUCACCGUGACAACUUAGCAAAUCUAUCUGCUGAGAAAUGGCUUGUUUUGGUUUAUUGACAACAUUCUAAUCUGCUGUGUUUAAAAUGGUACAACAAUAGAGCAAUAAAGUAAUCGUUGUCCCAGGUGUUCACACAGUUCACCUGCUUUUAUCAAGACGGAGACUUAGAACAAAACAACUGAAGUACAUAACAUCUUUCCAGAAAGUAGACUACUAACAUAAAAGUGCCUGAGCUCCUCCUUAAAUUGUAUAUUUAUAUCCUAUCACAAUGCAGAAUUGAAACAAGGGCAACGCAAUGCGUUAAUACCAGGUGUGAAUGGGGCCAUGGUCUAGUCCAGGCUUUUUUUUUUACAUUGUACACAUAAGAAAUUCAGUCCUGAUCAGGCAGCUGUAGUUGAACUAUGAGCUGACUUCUAUGGGUUGUUGUUCUAAGUGUUUUUAUGCAUUUCAACAAAAAUCCCAAACCAGACGUGUGAUUGUAACUCCUCUCUGCAGCUCCUCUGCAGCAGUAGCGUACUGUUAUCACCGCCUCGCCUUGUGCCACGAGCUGAAACUAGCACAUUGAACAUGCUGCCUCCAUCCUCACUCGGCCUUACUCUCCAGAUGUGGAGGACCAGCAAUCCUCAUCAAGCUCCCGAAACUUACUGUACCGCUGAAACCCUUCUGAUGUUGAGACUUGAGCCCCUCUGAUGUACCUACCUACAGUAUGUUGAGCCACAGCCCGACUGCUGUACUUGCCAGUGAAAUCGUGGUUUAAAAAGCCUGUUACGUUUCUAAACAAUAUCCAAAUACCAGGUCAAAUGUGUGUGACAUUUCAUCCAAGGGAUCAAAAUGCAGAUGUUAUUUAAAAAAAAUGCAUGCUAGAGUUAUUUUGGGCUCCAAAAGGUUUUUAAUAAUAAUAACUUGUUUUCUAUCAUUUUGAAGGUGCCUAAGUUAUGAUGAUGCAAUUUUCCGAAUGUUUUUACUUUUGAAAAACAAAGUGGCUUGUAAAAAAAUUUGUAGAUUUGUCUUGUACUUUCUUCCUUUUGGUAACUGUAGCUUGGAUAGUGUGUUAGGCAUUUUCCCUUUAUUAAACCAUUUAUUCCUUAUA